AUGGCGCCAGAAUUUGAACCCCAUAAACUUUGCUUGGAGACACUUAUUUGUGAACAUGUUUAUCAAAUAUUAUAUUUGGGACGUUUCUUAAUUUUCUUUGAUCUAAAAAUACUAUGGGCUCAUCGAGCUUAUAAAGCUUCGCGUCCACUUGAAAUAUUUUUGUUAUUUGGUGCAUCUGGUGCUGUCGAGGGAUCCGUACGUUGGUGGUGUAGAGAUCAUCGGGCUCAUCAUCGUUAUACCGAUACUGAAAAAGAUCCAUAUAGCGCACACAAAGGCUUACUAUAUUCGCAUAUAGGUUGGAUGCUUUUAAAACAAAAUCCCAAUACCAUUGGCAAAGCCGACAUCUCUGACCUCAAUUCUGAUCCACUAUUAAGAUUUCAACAUCGUAACUUCCUCUAUUUUGCUCUUGGUAUGGGUUUCCUAUUACCUACUUUGGGUGGCUUUUAUUUUGCAGCAGUUCUUCGUUUAGUUGUUGUACAUCACGCAACAUUUUGCGUCAACUCACUAGCCCAUUUUUUGGGAGAUGCACCAUUUGAUGAUCGACGUACGCCACGUGAUCAUUUCUUGACAGCCAUUUUUACUUUAGGUGAAGGAUAUCACAAUUUCCACCAUGAAUUCCCAAUGGAUUAUCGUAAUGCGAUUAAAUUCUACCAAUAUGAUCCUACCAAAUGGUUAAUAAGAUUCUUAUCUUAUUUUAAAUUGACUCAUCACCUAAAAAAAUUCCCUGAUAAUGAAAUCAAGAAAGGUAUAUUAUUAAUGAAACAAAAGAAAUUGGAUGAUGCAAAGAAAGAUUUAUAUUGGGGUAUUCCACUAAGUCAAUUACCCGUUUAUACUUUUGAUGAAUUCAAAGAAAGUGCAAAAAAUAAUAAAUUGAUAUUGAUAGAAGGUAUAAUUAUUGAUGUGACCGAUUUUAUCGAGGAACAUCCAGGUGGAAAAUCAAUAAUUGCCACUUCAAUAGGCAAAGAUAUGACAACAGCGUUUAACGGUGGUAUUUAUGAUCAUUCUAAUGCAGCUAGAAAUUUGAUGGCUAAUUUCCGUGUUGGUGUAAUUGCUGGUGGCGGAGAAGUUGAAUGUCGUAAAUCAAGAUAA